CGUCUCUCUCUCUCUCUCUCUCUCUCUCUCCUCUCUUCCCCUCUUUUUCUCUGUCUCUCUCUUUCUCUCUCAAUUGGCGCACAGCAACACAUGCCAGUUGCGUGCAUUCUCAUCAUUUUAUUUGGCACAUAAAGACGGUUUUUGCCGACAAAAUACGUAACCAGAGACCUCUCGAGAAGAGAAGAGGGACGUUUUUGUUUUUUCAGAGUAAAAAUUGAUUUCAUAGUCCCCUCAGAAGAAUCUUCAGUUUGUCAAGAACUUGAGUUGUGGAGUAUUCAGAAUUGUUUUCUUCUUCUUCUGUGUGGGAGGAGUACAUGAAUUUGGAUACUAGAGUAUGUCCCAUCACCAGGUUGACCAAUUUGGUUACAUGGCUGAAGAUGGGAAUAUGGAUGAUUUCGUCGACGAGAUGGAUGGCGAACACAAUGGGGAAGGUGGUGGAGAGAUGGGCCUUGAUGAUUAUGAUAUGCUUACAAAGGUGACUGAUACAUCCUCUGCCCAAGCAAGGAAAGGCAAAGAUAUUCAGGGUAUUCCUUGGGAAAGAUUGAAUAUAACGAGGGAAAGUUACAGAUUGACAAGACUUGAACAAUACAGGAAUUAUGAGAACAUACCUUUAUCUGGUGAAGCUGUAGACAAGGAAUGCAAACAAACUGAGAAGGGUGGCAUUUACUAUGAAUUUUUUCAUAAUACAAGAUUGGUGAACCCAACAAUCCUGCACUUUCAGCUCAGGAACUUAAUAUGGGCUACUUCAAAACAUGAUGUGUAUCUCAUGUCAAACUAUUCAGUUAAGCACUGGUCAUCAUUAUCCUGCAAAUUGUCGGAAGUCCUCAAUUUCUCUGGUCAUAUAGCGCCAACUGAGAGACAUGCGGGAAGCUUGUUAGAAGGUUUUACACAAACGCAGAUCAGCACGCUAGCAGUGAGUGGAAACUUUUUGGUUGCUGGAGGCUUUCAAGGAGAACUUACUUGUAAGCGUCUGGAUAAACCCGGAGUAAGCUUCUGUGCAAGGACCACUUACGAGGAUAAUGCCAUCACAAAUGCUGUUGAGAUAUAUGACAGCCCAAGGGGUGGAAUCGAUUUUAUGGCAUCCAAUAAUGAUUCCAGUGUAAGAGUAUAUGACAUGGAGAGGUUUCAGCUUUGGAAUCAUUUCCGCUUCCCUUGGCCAGUGAAUCACACAUCAUUGAGCCCAGACCGCAAGCUUAUUACAGUUGUUGGUGAUCACCUGGAUGGAUUGCUUGUGGAUUCCCAGAAUGGGAAGACUGUGGCUACAAUGGUAGGUCACCUAGACUACUCGUUUGCUUCUGCGUGGCACCCAGAUGGAAACAUCUUUGCUACUGGAAAUCAGGACAAGACCUGCCGAGUAUGGGACUUGAGAAACCUGUCAACGCCGGUUUCAAUUCUGAAAGGGAACAUGGGUGCGGUCCGAUCAAUUCGUUUCUCAUCAGAUGGGCAGUUUAUGGUGGUGGCUGAACCUGCAGAUUUUGUCCAUGUUUAUAGCACCAAGGCUGAUUAUAAGAAGAGGCAAGAAAUCGACUUCUUUGGGGAGAUUUCUGGGGUUUCUCUGAGUCCAGAUGACGAGUCAUUAUAUGUUGGAGUAUGGGACCGGACUUAUGCCAGCUUGCUACAGUAUAACAGAAGACACGCAUAUGGAUAUCUUGAUUCCUUUGUGUGAUUCAUCCGAAUCGUCUCCUUAAGGAGCUAAAGUAGUGGUUCGCAAAUCUGCUCUUUAUGGGAUUCUCUAUUAAUUUGAUGGUGGUCAGCCUGAUCAACCGAUAUAAUAGUGAAAUUUUGUUUCGAACAUUACCCAUAACAUGUACAGUGAAAUGUAAUUUUGAAUCAAAAGAUAAAAGCAUCAUCGCCAUUGUCAAUC